UGGUCGGCGGGGAAAUGACAUAACGUAGCAAUGACAGCUUCCGGCUGCGGUUCGUUUAAGCCAGGCAAGAUGGCGGACUACGACUUGACAACCAAGAUAGCCCAUUUUCUGGACCGGCAUUUGGUUUUUCCUCUAUUGGAAUUCCUGUCAGUGAAAGAGAUCUACAAUGAAAAGGAACUUCUACAAGGAAAGCUGGACCUCCUCAGUGAGACCAACAUGGUGGAUUUCGCCAUGGAUGUUUACAAAAACUUGUACCCGGACAAGGAAAUCCCACACUCUCUGAGGGAGAAGAGGAGUACUGUGGUGGCCCAAUUGAAGCAGCUCCAGUCAGAGACGGAGCCAAUUGUCAAAAUGUUUGAAGACCCAGAGACAACUCGACAGAUGCAGUCGACAAGAGAUGGGAGGAUGCUCUUCGACUAUCUUUCAGAAAAACACAAUUUUCGACAGGAAUACCUGGACACACUGUACAGGUACGCCAAAUUCCAGUACGAGUGCGGUAACUACUCUGGGGCUGCUGAGUACCUCUACUUCUUCCGUGUCCUGGUUCCCUCAACAGACAGGAACGCGUUGAGCUCUCUGUGGGGGAAACUGGCCUCUGAGAUCCUGAUGCAGAACUGGGAAGCAGCCAUGGAGGACCUCACUCGACUAAGGGAGACUAUUGACAACAAUUCUGUGAGCUCUCCUCUCCAGUCCCUCCAGCAGAGGACCUGGCUCAUCCACUGGUCCCUGUUUGUGUUCUUCAACCAUCCUAAAGGCCGGGACAACAUCAUCGAGCUCUUCCUCUAUCAGCCGCAAUACCUCAAUGCCAUCCAGACAAUGUGCCCACACAUCCUGAGAUACCUUACAACUGCGGUCAUCACCAACAAAGACGUACGGAAGCGCAGACAAGUGCUCAAGGACUUGGUGAAAGUCAUUCAACAGGAGUCGUACACAUAUAAAGAUCCAAUCACAGAGUUUGUGGAGUGUCUCUACGUGAACUUUGACUUCGACAGCGCCCAGAAGAAGCUGAGGGAGUGCGAGUCGGUCCUUGUAAAUGACUUCUUUCUGGUCGCUUGCCUUGAGGAUUUCAUUGAGAAUGCCCGUCUCUUCAUCUUUGAGACCUUUUGUCGGAUUCAUCAGUGCAUCAGCAUCAGCAUGCUGGCAGACAAGCUCAACAUGACGCCGGAGGAGGCGGAGAGGUGGAUCGUCAACCUCAUCCGUAACGCCAGACUCGACGCCAAGAUCGACUCCAAACUGGGUCAUGUAGUGAUGGGCAACAACGCAGUGUCGCCGUACCAGCAGGUGAUCGAGAAGACCAAGAGCCUGUCCUUCCGUAGUCAGAUGUUGGCAAUGAACAUCGAGAAGAAAGUGGCCCACAGCAACAGGAAUGAGACACCAAACUGGGCUGCUCAAGACUCCGGCUUCUAUUAAAAUGGAAAUUGGCUUCAAGUGGAUUCAGAUCGCUCUCUGGAUAUUAUGUGGGCUUUUUAUUUAAUUUAUUAAUAUAUUAUUUUAGCAACUAUUAACUGUCAGCUUAACUUAUACAGUAAAAAAAAAUGUCCAAGAGCAGACAGCAAGGCUCGAUGAAGACAUUGGCGCUCACGGUAUUAUUUAUUAAGUGGACUCUCAUUCUUUUAGAAUCUGCUAUCAAGUAUUUAUUUCUCAAUUAUUCUCAAACUCUGAAAGCAACGAUGCAACAAAACUGUCAUGAAUAAAAUGAAACAUUUUGCCACUUCA